GGGAUGCCCCUGGAUUGCUUUGGCACAGGUGUUCUUCUUUUAUACCCCUGUUUAGCAACUGGACUUUAGCAUUCCUGCUUAUUGCCCCUUAGGUAAAAAGCACCAAUUCUGUUUUUAUACUCCCUGACGGAUUUAGAACCCCCUUUGGGCAAAUUUAUGGGGGACAGUGCCCUUUCUGGAGAUGAUAAGGAAGGAGCUCCCUCUGCCAGAAGGCUGGGAAGAAGCACGAGAUGUGGAUGGCAAAGUGUACUACAUUGACCACACCAGCAAGACUACCAGCUGGAUAGAUCCUAGAGACAGGUUUACAAAGCCAUUAACCUUUGCCGACUGUAUUGGCGAUGAAUUGCCAUUGGGUUGGGAAGAAUCUUAUGACACCCAAGUGGGUGUGUAUUACAUUGACCAUAACAGCCAAACCACACAGAUAGAGGACCCAAGGGUGCAAUGGAGGAGAGAGCAAGAGCGCAUGCUGAAGGAUUAUCUGGUGCUGGCCCAAGAGGCUUUACUCGCACAGAAAGAAAUUUACCAAGUCAAACAGCAGAGGCUCGAAUUAGCACAGAAAGAAUACAGGACCCUGAAUGAUGUCUGGAAGCAUAAAGUGGGAUCUCAGACAAGCUUGGUAUCUGGCUCCUCCUCAAGUUCCAAAUAUGAUCCUGAUAUUCUAAAAGCUGAAAUUGCAACAACAAAAUCCAGGGUGAACAAACUAAAAAGAGAAAUGGUCUUUCUGCGACAAGAACUCCAGUAUAAAGAAAAUGGCUACCAAACUCUCAAAGAGAUUGACUUAAAAAUGUCUAAAAAUCAUUGCGCUUAUAAACUUGAUGAAGCCCAAGCUAUCCUGAAUGAGAUGAAAACUAUCAAAAAGGCAAUUACUUCUGGCGAACGAGAGAAACUAGACCUAAUUCAGAGUCUUGCUGAAUUAAAAAAUGGAUUCCUCGUUGACAAAGGAUCACAAUCAGACCUCUGGGCCAGCAAUACUUCUUUAGCAUCUUCAGCUAAUUCUCUGUCCAGGCAGUAUCUCAAUGUCAGCUCUCAAACAGAUAUUUCAGGAAAUCUUUCUGUGGUCAGUAAUAACCAUUUGGCCGAGAAGGUCAGGCUACAACUGAGAUAUGAAGAAGCAAAGAGAAGGAUAGCAAACAUAAAGAUCCAGUUAGCUAAAAUCGACAGCGACGCAUGGCCAGGAGUUCUCGACUCUGAAAGAGACCGGCUCAUACUAAUCAGUGAGAAGGAAGAACUGCUGAAAGAGAUGCGCUUUAUCAGCCCGCGGAAGUGGAGUCAGAGCGAGGUGGAGCGCUUAGAAAGUGAGAAGAAGCAGCUAGAGGAAGACUUACAGGCUGCCAGGGACACACAAAGCAAGGCACUCACAGAAAGGCUGAAAAUGAGUAGUAAAAGGAACCAACUGGUCAAAGAGUUAGAAGAGACAACCAGGUUAAUUGCAUCACUGCAGGCACAACUAAAGUGUCUUUCAACCAGCAUGCAGUCCCUUUCGUCGGGCAGCAGCCCUGGAUCUUUAGCUUCCAGCAGAGGUUCUUUGGUAACAUCCAGUCAGGACUCCUCAACAUCUGCGAGUGUUUCUGAUCUUUACUACGAGCAACUGGAUCAUUUGGAUUCAGAAUACCAGAACAAAGUAGACUUCUUAAUUCAGGAAGGAGCAAUGGGUUAUAGACCAUCUGGGUGCAUCACAACCAUUCAUGAAAAUGAGGUUGUGAGGUCUCAGAAGACUGAUCCAGCAAAUCGUGUGAAAGCACUGAGGUCUUUAUCUGGAACCCCUAAGUCAAUGACAUCAUUAUCACCGAGGUCAUCUCUGUCCUCUCCAUCUCCUCCUUGUUCACCGCUUGUAACUGAUCCACUGUUAACAGUAGAUGCUUUUCUGAGUCAAAUCGAUUUUGAAGAUAUUGACCUACCACUGAGCUUUACUGAACUUAAUGUAAAUGCUGGCGGAGAUAGCUACCAACAUGAAACAGAUGAAGAACCUUCAGGACAAGGUUUAAGCUGCUUGGGGGUGUCCAGUCUGAGUGUGGCCGGAGUGUCGGCUGCAGUGUCAGAUGAAUCUGUAACUGGGGACAGUGGAGUCUACGAGGCAACGAAUCAGAGAACAUUGAUGGAAAAUGCAGUGUUUGAUGGUGAAGACUCAGAGAUGAUGGACACCGCCAAGAUCAAAAUAGGGAUGAAGUAUGAUGAGAAAAACAAGCACUUUGCUGUAUUUGUCAUUCAGCUGGAUAAUUUGGCAGCUUUGUUACUGCAUCAGAAUGAAAAACUGUACAUCCGCGUUGCAGUUCUCCCGUGUUCUGAAAGCACGAGUUGUUUGUUCCGGACAAGAACCUUGGAGCAGUCUGACACUCUUCUCUAUAAUGAGAUGUUUCUGGUUUCUACAUCCCAUUCUGCUUUACGCCAGAAGACCUUAAGGGUUGAUGUGUGCACAAGACAAAGCAAUCAUCAUGAAGAAUGCCUGGGAGGAUCACAAAUAAGCUUGGCCGAUGUCUGCCAUUCAGAAGAACAAGAAGCCCAUUGGUACAACCUUUUAAGUUACCGAUAUCUGAAGAGGCAAUCCAAAACAAGCAAGCAGAAAAUCAGUUGCUGUGAAGAAAGUGGUAUUGAAAAUCCAGAUUCAGUGAGUGCCCUCCUUAAACAGACUGCUGCUGAAUUAGAGGCUGUAAGGAAGCAGAUUGGGGAAAGCACAGAUCCACCUGAAUAUAUCUGGCCAGAAAAGAAGGAUAAUGUCCCGGAUGAAGAUGGCAUUAGUGAGAAUGAAGGAGAGGAAGAAUUUGAUGGAGAUGUACAGUGUGAAACAGAAGAAUCAGACAUGCAGGCGGCUACAGAUUCAGCCUCGGUAAAGGUGGACAAGGAGACAAACACAGAAGGCCUUGCAAUGUCCUUAUCUUCUGUUCGCCCAAAAGAUAAAAGAGCAGCCACUCCUAUGCAGGCGCCAUUCAUAAGAGGAAACACCAUUAUACGCUCUAAAACAUUCUCUCCAGGACCACAAAGCCAGUAUAUUUGUCGUCUGAAUCGUAGUGAUAGUGAAAGUUCAACUCUAUCUAAAAAGCCACCUUUUGUCAGGAACGCAAUGGAGAGACGCAGCGUGAGAGUAAAACGGCCAUCUGUGAAGUCCACUGGCUCAGAGCGUCUCAUUCGCACAUCUCUGGACCUUGAAUUAGAUCUACAAGCUUCAAGGACAUGGCACCAUCAGCUCACUCAAGAGAUCUCUGUACUUAGGGAAUUAAAAGAACAGUUAGAGCAAGCAAAGCGCCUGGGUGAGAAUGAGCUACCUCAGCGGGUGAAGGAUGACGAGACAUUUAAGGUUCUGCUCAGACAAGUGGAGAAACAGGUACAGAAGAUUGAGCAGAAGUAUGAGAUGCAAGCAGAUAAGAUGAUGAGAGCAGCAGCAAAAGAUGUGCACAGGUUACGAGGGCAGAGCAGCAAGGAGCCAUUGGAGGUGCAGUCAUUCAGAGAGAAGAUGGCAUUUUUCACUCGACCAAGAAUGAACCUACCUACACUCACAGCAGAUGAUGUUUAAUAAUCACCAUAAAGUAUUUUUUGUUUUUCUGUUCUGAGCGCCACUGCAAUGCAAAGUGCAGCCCGGUGCCUCGGAAAUGUCAUUGUGUGGUGUAAUGAAGGUACAGAGUUUCAUGUCCUUUUUUAUUUUGGGUUGCAAUAACCAGCACAGUAACACUGGCUUCAGGUACCACAACAUCAGCGAACAUUUUGUUUUUUUAGUCAUUAUUACAAAACCAGCAUUCCUUUUCCAACUUUGUAUAGCGUGUAUAUUUAGGGCUGUAUUAUCAGAUAAACUGUUUGAAAGAGAAUCAGAUGUUGUUGUGUUUGCAAAGUAUCAUUUUGUACAGUCCGCUGCAGAGAUUUAAAAUGCAAUAAAAUUAAAUUAAAAGAGACUUCUACUAAAAAAAAAAAAAA